CUCCUCUGUAUCGGAUAGGAGGAAGGAGACGGCGGCGAGCCAGUGAUGGAGGUGGCGGGUGCUCAGGCCGGCGUCCUCCCCCUCCUCCUCCGCCGCCCCGCAUCCCUCCGGGGCUCUGUCUCCUGCGCCGGCGCCCGCCGGAGCUGGGCAGCGGCGACCACAGCGGAAGCAGGACGAGGAGAGGAGGGCCGCGGGUACGAGAGGGUGCCCAUGGACACCCCCGGCGCCUACCGCCUCGUCGACCGGACCACCGGCCGCAGCGUCAUCGUGUGGGGCGGCUCCGACGACGGCGACGAGGUCAGCAUGCCUUCCCCGGCGGUGCUCUCCAGGACUACUACACGCGUCCCCAACCGCCCAAAAGAAAAUGGGGGAAGUACAAGUAUUGGAAAUUUUGGCAGACUCAAGGCACAGAAAGUUAAAUCUUUAGCGAGGAGAUCAGCUCACCUUAAGAGAGAGAAUUCUAGUCGUAGAAGCAUCAGCCAGUUUAGUGAAUCACCUUUGGAUGAUUAUGAUGAAGAUGAGACUAAUUUUGAAAGAGGUAGGGCGCGAGAUGCAAGGCGAAACAAUAGAGACGACAGGACCCGUGGUGCGCAUUCUCUGAAUUCUGUCCUGAGGCAGUAUAGAGGUGCUGAUGAUUCGGAUUUUCCGGAAUCAGAGGCUACUUCUGACUCCAAAAGAUGGGGUAAAAUCGGUGACGUUACGUAUGGACGACAGGAUCAAAGGCGAAAGAGCCCUUUAGAUAGUGGAUUUUUCAGUCGCAGGUCUUUCAAUGAAAUUGGCUGUAGUGAUGAAAUUCUAAGUGCAUUGAGAAGUUUUGACUUCCCUCGUCCAUCACAUAUUCAGGCCAUGGCAUAUCGACCUGUCUUGGAGGGCAAAAGCUGCAUCAUCGGUGAUCAAAGUGGAUCUGGCAAGACAUUGGCAUAUCUUUGCCCAGUUGUACAAAAUUUGAGGAAGGAAGAAGUUGAGGGGCUCCAUAGGUCUUCUCCUAGGAACCCACGAGUGAUAAUAUUGACGCCUACUGCUGAGCUUGCUUCUCAGGUCCUUAACAACUGCCGGUCAAUAUCGAAGUCUGGGGUUCCCUUUAGGUCCAUGGUUGCAACUGGUGGAUUUCGACAGAAGACACAGUUAGAAAGCCUUGAUCAAGAGCUUGAUGUACUUAUUGCAACACCCGGUCGUUUCUUGUAUCUUCUUCAGGAAUGCUUUGUGCAAUUAAAUAACCUCAGAUGUGUUGUGUUGGAUGAAGUGGAUAUUUUAUAUGGUGAAGAAAGUUUUGAACAAGUGCUCCAUCAGUUGAUUACUGUUGCACCAUUGACCACACAAUAUCUCUUUGUCACUGCCACUCUUCCCCUCGACAUCUACAACAAGGUUGUUGAGACAUUUCCAGACUGUGAAUUAAUCAUGGGGCCAGGCGUCCACCGAACAAGCUCUCGCCUGGAAGAGAUUCUUGUGGACUGCAGUGGAGAUGACAAUGAGGAAAAGAAUCCUGAGACAGCCUUCUCGAACAAGAAAUCAGCACUUGUAAAGAUCAUCGAGGAAUCUCCUGUGCGAAAAACAAUCAUUUUCUGCAAUAAGAUUGAGACAUGCAGAAAGGUUGAGAAUGUGGUGAGGCGGCUGGACAAGAAGGCUUCACAGAUCAAAGUUCUCCCCUUCCAUGGUGCAUUGGACCAGGAACAGCGAAUCACAAACAUCAAAGAGUUCCUGAACAGGCAGACAGCAGACUCGAUGUUCCUCGUUUGCACGGAUAGGGCGUCGCGAGGCAUCGACUUCGCGAACGUGAACCACGUGGUGCUGUUCGACUACCCGCGCGACCCGAGCGAGUACGUCCGGCGCGUCGGCCGGACGGCCCGCGGCGCCUCCGGCAACGGCAAGGCGUUCGUGUUCGCCGUCGGCAAGCAGGUGUCCCUCGCCAGGAGGGUCAUGGAGAGGAACACCAAGGGCCACCCGCUGCACGACGUGCCAUGCGUCUAGCUCUAGCCUAGAGUUCGUUCUAGGGCAGAGACACAGAUAUAGAAUUUGCAAAACCGGCUUUGAUGAUGCGUCCAUGGUGUUCGACUGAAUUCGCAUCCGUGCUGAUGAUGCAUACAUUGCUAUUGGUGAGUGAGAAACUGAUUAGGUGGUGUAGUUGCUGUGAUUUGUGAAAGAUGGAAUGCAAAAGGCAACUAAUUACUCUCUAA